AUGCAGCUCUCAGUUGCGUGGAUUCUUCUGCAAAUUGUGCCCUUAACCUUGAGCCUGGGUACUGAUUAUUCUGGCUCUCAUAGUCUCUGGUACACCACACCCGGGACUGGGUUUACUUCAGGUCUUGCUAUUGGAAAUGGCCGGAUCGGAGCGUUGGUUCUUGGCUCGGCCCCUGAGAGAAUCAUAUUGAAUGAAGCUUCUGUAUGGAGUGGACCUUAUCAAAAUCGAGUUAAUCCAGGUGCCCGAGAUGCUUAUCCAGAAGUUAUUGAUUUACUUAAGUCAGGCCAAAUCACGGCUGGUUCGGAUCUUGCUUUGCAGAAUUUGACUGCGACUCCGACCACUAACCGAGCUUUCAGUGUCACUAAUGAUAUGAAACUCGACUUUGGUCAUUCUAUAAAUCAGACUUCAAACUACGAAAGGUGGCUUGAUACUCUCAAUGGAUGUACAGGCCUUAACUAUAAUUAUCAAAACGUUACCUACAAUCGCGAGGUCGUCGCAGCCUUCCCAUCAGGGGUUAUUGCCAUGAGGCUAAACGCCAGCGUAAAAGCUAGCAUCAAUGUGACAAUUAGUCUACACCGUGCCUAUGGCGUGCUUCGAACUGUAGCUUCACCAACGAAUGGUAUGAUCUUUCAAGAUAUUGGUGGAUCCGACGCUCGAUCUAUUGCAUUUUCGUCUGGUGUGAGAGUGAUAUCAGAUAUCGGCAAAAUUACUUCAGGUGAUGGCCAAUCUCUUACUGUCACUGGUGCAACGACCGUUGAUAUAUUUUAUGAUACCGAGACAGAGUUCCAAUGGGGAACUGAGGAUCGAUACGAAACCUCCGUUCGCGAUAAGUUGAACGACGCGGUAUCAACCGGGUUUGAGGGGCUUAUGUCGCAGUCUACCAGAAGGCACCAAUCGAUGAUGAGUCGCGUAAAUUUAGACCUCGGGAUAAGUAACUCGUCGACAGCCCUGCUGCCUACUGAUCAACGUAUCGCCAACUACGAAGCCGACCCUAACUCCGAUAAGGAGUUCAUGGUCCUCAUGUACAAUUUUGGUCGCCACUUACUUAUCUCAUCAUCAAGUGACACUGGAGGUGCAGGCUUAGGUGUGCCGGCUAACCUUCAAGGCAUUUGGAAUGACAACUAUAGUCCUCCUUGGGGAAGCAAAUACACUGUAAACAUUAAUCUUCAAAUGAACUAUUGGCUCGCUGAAACGACUAAUCUAGGAGAUACUCUUCGUCCACUCUGGGAUCUAAUGAAUCGUAGUCAUCAACGAGGCCGAGAUGUAGCGAAACAAAUGUACGGAUGUCCUGGAUACGUAUCCCACCACAAUUUAGAUCUCUGGGGAGACUCGGCGCCCCACGACAAUGGCACUGAGUAUACGACUUGGGCUAUGAGCACACCCUGGCUGCUUAACCAUAUGGUCGAGCAUUAUCGUUUUACCGGCGACAAAGCUUUCCUGCGGAACCAGGUCUGGCCUCUGCUCGUCGACUCAGUGGCAUUCUAUGAAUGCUAUACUUUUGAUUUCGAAGGCUAUCUUUCUAGCGGGCCUUCUCCUUCUCCCGAGAACGAUUACAUGAUCCCAGACAACAUGUCAAAGAGUGGGUCAAAGGGGUCGAUCGACGUAUCCCCAACUAUGGACAACUCUCUACUAUACGCUCUUUUCUCGAGUUAUAUGGAGGCAGCAUCAGCACUAAACAUCUCCGCUGACGAGGGUGUUAGCACAAUGCGGUCCAGAUUACGGGACUUCCAAAUAGGACAGUAUGGCCAAAUCCAGGAAUGGCGAAAUGACUAUGCCGAAGCAGAGCAAGGACACCGUCACCUCUCCAACCUUUGGGAUCUAUUUCCCGGUCCUCGCAUCAGUCCGCUUACCAAUAGAACCCUUUCCGAUGCCGCUAGAAUUUCUUUAGACCGCCGAAACAAUGGCACGAGCACUAGGACAGGAUGGUCGCGUGCCUGGAUGACCGCCUGUCUUGCCAGGCUUCUUGAUGGUGAAGCCGCUAUCAACGAGGCGCAAGCUCUUCUCCAAAACCAUCUCCUACCGAAUUUAUUCACUCGUAUUUCUGGUGAGACUUUUCAGAUCGAUAGCAACUUUGGAUACGUUGCAGCUCUCACGGAGACUUUAUUGCAGAGUCACCUUGGAUUUGUUCAUUUGUUUCCGGCACCCGCCCCGCAAAUCCAGACGGGCUCAGUCAAUGGGUUAGUUGCUCGCGGGGGAUUUCAAGUUUCGCUUUCAUGGAAGGAUGGAAAAUUCGUUCAUGCUGAGAUUGAGUCACGGCUAGGUGGGAGACUCGCAAUCCGAGUUGCAGAUGGGCUCGCCUUCAAGAUUGAUGGUGAAGCUAUCGAAUAUGUUGAGACCUCAGCUGGCCGGACUUACUGGAUAACCUUGCAAGGUUAA